ACACGCGCCCUCUCAAAACGACGAUGUAGUGCGUGAUCGUCCGAAAAACCGGCGGAGAACACGAGUCGCACGCGAACGAGAGUCAAGGGAGGCACCGAGCGAGAUUUUCUCGACGUCCACGCGCAGGAGCCACCACGUGCGCAGGAGCGCGAUCUCCAGCGCGAGAGAGAGAGAGAGUCACGUGCGAGCGCGAUCGAUUCGAAAGCCGCGCAAGUCCGGUUCGGGAUCCUUUUUUCGUAUUUUCGUUCGGCUGUCCUUUCCCCUCGCUUGCCGUAAAGUGUGAGUCUGCCGAGUCCUGUGGAUUAAUAAAUCUCGUAGCUGCGUGGCCACACAGCGUGCGCUGAUCCUGCGGCGCGUCGUCCUUUGUGCGAGAGAGCCUUCUCUACAGACAUCGCGACAAUGACAGCCAUGGUCGAAUCCACGAAGGUCGAGGAGGGCAAGACGAAGAAGAUCGAGAACUUCGACGACGUCCUGCCGUACGUCGGCGAAGCUAGCAGGUACCAAUGGUUCCUGUUCUUCCUACUGCUGCCGUUCACCUUCGUCUACGCUUUCCUGUACUUCGCGCAGUUCUUCAUCACCCUCGUCCCCGCCGAGCACUGGUGCACCGUGCCGGAGCUGGAGCAUUGGAAUCUCACCGACUACGAGCAAAUCUCGAUAGCGAUACCGCCGGCAACCAAGGAGGAACUGCAGCUGGAAAGCGCUACGCCGUUCUCAAGAUGCUACAUGUACGACGUGAAUUACACCGAACUGCUCGAGCAGGGUGUCAGGAAGGCGAAUCUAUCGUGGCCGACGGUAAAGUGCAAGCAAGGCUGGACCUUCAAUCACACCAUGAUACCGUACGCCUCCAUCGCUGCCGAGCUCGAAUGGGUCUGCGACAAGACCUUCCUCGGCUCCGCGGCCCAGUCGGCCUUCUUCGUCGGCAGCAUCAUCGGCGGCUUCAUAUUCGGCUACAUAGCCGACCAUUAUGGCAGAAUACCGGCGUUGGUCUCCUGCAACGCCGUGGGAUUCUUCGCUUCGAUCGCGACCGCCUUCUGCAACAGCUUCUGGUCCUUCUGCAUCGCGAGGCUGAUUGUCGGCUCGUCUUUCGACAACUGCUUCAACGUUCUCUUCAUUAUAGUGAUCGAGUAUGUCGGCCCAAAGUAUAGAACUUUGGUGGCGAACAUGUCCUUCGGAAUUUACUUUGCCAUCGCCGCCAGUAUUCUACCGUGGAUUGCGUAUUGGCUCGCUGACUGGAGAAUCUUAAGCGUCGUUACCGCAUUCCCGAUGAUCGUCGCCUUCCUGGGACCAUGGAUUGUUCCGGAAAGUGCACGAUGGUACAUUAUAAACGGCAAAAUAGACAAGGCGAUCGACAUGCUGAAGAAAUUCGCCAAGGUCAACGGCAAGGAGGUGAAGCCGGAGGUGUUCGAGGAGUUCGAGAAGAGCUGCAAGGCGAUGAUUGAGAAGGACCAAUCGUACAAUCAGUACACCGUGUUGCAUCUCUUCAAGUUGCCACGGCUGGCUCGUAUCACCGUUAUUCUCAUCAUUUAUUGGCUCUUGAUCAUCUGGGUGUUCGACGGACAUGUUUGGAACAUGAAGUUGCUGGAUCCCGAUGUAUUCACAUCCUUCUCCUUGGCCGCCAUGACCGAGCUUCCGGCCGCGAUUCUCCUGGCACUUUUCCUCGAUAGAUGGGGCAGACGAUGGAUGGGCUUCGCCUCGAUGUUCACAUGCGGCGUUUUCUCCUUAAUCGCGCUCUUGACUCCUCCCGGUGUAUUAACCGUCACCAUGGCGAUCUUGGCGCGCCUUGGUGUCAAUGUCGCCGCAAAUAUCGGUUUCCAAUACGCGGCUGAAAUGUUGCCGACCGUGGUACGGGCGCAAGGAGUGUCGCUGAUUCACAUUAUUGGCUACAUCGCUCACAUAGUCGGCCCCUACGUGAUUUAUUUGGCCGAUGUGCAUCCGUCUCUGCCGCUGAUAGUUCUCGGCUUGCUGUCGUUCGUGGAUGCGUUCCUGACACUGACAUUACCGGAGACCUUGAACCAAGACUUGCCCGAAACUCUGCAGGAAGGCAACGACUUUGGCAUUGACCAGAGCUUCUGGUGGAUACCCUGCAUAUCCUCCUCGCCGCAGCUGAAGAGGUCACUAAGGCGGCAGCAGGAGCAGGGUAUGACGAACACAGCCUUCCACGGCAGCAUCCAGACGAUCGAUUCCACCAGAUUAUAGCGGCCAUACAAUCACGACGACCAACCCGCCGAGAGAGAAAGAGAGCGAAAGAAGGAGGGAGAGAAAGAAGAGGAAGAGAGACAGAGAAGUUUGCCGAAUCGUUGUAAAUAUUGCGACCGAGUGUUACCCGCGUGUGUGAUCUUAGGUGUUUCUCUUGAAGCUCGUGACGUAACGGACACGUUGAGCGAGUGUGAUGUGCGGUGACCGAAGCGGAUCGGACUGAGGCGGAUUAAUUGUAAGUAGACGACGGGGUGUAAGUGCAGAAUGCACUUCCAGAUAUUCUCCCGGGCGCACGCUCAAAUGGACACGAAUGCGCGCAGAGUGCACGUUGAAUCGCCAAGUGCGACAGUUUCGGGAGUGUAGAAUUAUUUUUCUUCCGGAUUAUUUCCUGACGACAUACACAUACAUACGCACGCACACACACACAUACAUACACACACGUACACGCACGCAAAUAUACUCCCACACACGUACAAUACAUAUUGAUAUUCUUAUGUCUUCGAUCGUCGACUCGCAGCUCUCGUGCGCGAUGCAGCGUGAUAUAAAACUAUUCAACUGCGUAGCUUUAGAUUAAUCGAAACGAUUAAUGAGUAAAUUACUCACUUAUAUCGUGCUCGCGCAUGAUCUUGCAAACGGACGUCCUGCCGACCGUUCGUUGCUCGUUCCUCUUUCUCGGAGGACUCUUCCCUGGCGCGAAGGACAGUUUAUUAAUCGCGUCGAGAUACGAGCGACACGGGGCUCGUGCACUUGUAAUCUCGAUAUUUGUUAAACAAUAUAGCAGAGACUAGCCGAAUCGUGCGCAUGGACAAAGGGAUUAUAGUCCCUCUCUCUCUUGAUGCAUCAUCAAGAGUCGUUGCGAAAUUGCCAUGCGCCAACGGCGACGGCAAUCACCACCAAUUAGUUACAUAAGUAGAAAAUUUUAAGUAAUUUAAAGCCGACAGACAGAGUGCGGCCUUGGCUGCGUCGCGAGGGGUGUCUCUCAUCUAUGACGCAUUUACUGCCAAACUUGAAAAUUAUCGAGAAUCACACGGCGACCAUGUGGUCGACCAGUCUCGCUGCACCGAUUGCGAUCUCUGCAACCGGUAGCAACUGAAUUACUGAUGGAAAAUCAAAAAAAUAUACAUUUUAUUGCUGUUUCACGAAA